AUGAUGAAACAGAGCAUACCCAACAACAAGAAGAAGAAACACUCCAUCCCAAAAAAGCUUCCAUCCCAAAUCAUCCUCGAAAUCCUCUCAAGACUCCCCGUCAAAACCCUCUUCCUUUGCCAACUCGUUUCCAAGCACUGGCUUUCUCUAAUCUCAGACCCUCACUUCGUCAAUCUCCACCUCUCAAGAUCACCAGUCAGCCUCUUGCUCAAACCCUUUUACUGCAACCGUAGAUCGAACCAACUCCACUUGGUUGACCUCCAAACCCUCCAUAAAAUUCCUCCCCGCGAAGCCCAAUUGAAACUCAACCCCAAAAUUAACUUCCCACUUCUUGGAUGCCACAUAGUUAACUCCUACAAUGGUUUGCUUUGCUUGUGUUUUAAUGAUUCUGAAAUUUUCGUAUGCAAUCCAAUUCUGGGUGACUACAUUGUCUUACCAUGGACAACAUAUGAUGGAAUUAAGUAUCAUCGAACUGUCAAUGCUCUCGGUUUUAGUCCCAAGACUAACCAAUACAAGGGGAUACAGUUUUUUCUUCAACGGGUCCUCGAGUCUUUCGACCCCUUUACUGAGUUAGAGACUUAUCGGGAUGAGGCAAAGGCAAAGAUUUACACAAUUGGUGAAGGGUUGUGGAGAAACAUAGGGAGUGUUCCUUACUAUUUGACAAAUCACUCAUUCAAUUCUUUCGUCAAUGGAGCUCUUCAUUGGCUUAAUUUCGCAUGUGAUAGUCCCGACGUCAUUUGUUGUUUUGAUUUUGGCAGCGAGCAAUUUCGGGUUGUCCCUGAACCUCCUGAGUUUGGUCUGCAUAAGGAAUUUCAUGAUCAUAUACGCGUGGGUGUGCUAGAAGAUUGUCUCUCCAUUUGUGAUUUUUCUAGUCCUCUUCGUAUCGAUAUAUGGUUAAUGAAAGAUUAUGGGAUCAAGGAGUCUUGGACCAAAGAGUUGGUUAUUGAAAACGAGAUUGGUAAGAGAGGGAAUUAG